AAUCAAGUCACACCACAUUGGUUGUGGUUUGUGACUCCAUGUGAAUGUCAAACAUGGAGCGCUUCGUUUGAAAAAGCGUUGUUUUUGGAAAUUACUCCAGAACGACUCCGAACGAUUGGCUCCGGAGCGAAACGAAAAUGCCUAUUGAGGUCAUUCAAAUUGAAAAAUGUUUUUGACUUUUGUUUGACAAAAACAUUCCAUUCCAUCAAUCCUCAAUCUAGUAACUAUCAAAAUAUAUUACAUUUUUACAAUUUUUACCUAUAUUUUACAGAAAAGUUGCAGAAUAAUCCUAUGAGCAAAAUGGGAGAUGAAGAUCAAGCACAGCGUCGCCGUGGAAGAGGUCGUUCGCCUUCAAGAACUGCUGAAAACAUCAAGGUUUUUCUACGGGUUCGUCCUUUCAAUGAACGUGAAGUUAAGGAGGGCGCUAAGCCUACAUUCGUAUGUGAUUACAGAGAAAAUGUAGUAAUGCUCACAAAACCACCAGAGAAAAGAGCUGGUAAUGAUACUGAUAGAAGUCUCUUCACUCUUGAUCAUAUAUUUCCCCCAAAUUCAACCCAGUUGGAUGUGUAUCGCCUAGCAGCUGCUCCGUUGGUUGAGCAAAUAUUUGAAGGCUACAAUGCUACUAUCUUUGCCUAUGGACAAACUGGAACUGGAAAAACCUUUACAAUGACAGGAAACGAUAAAGAUCCAGAAUUAAAAGGAAUCAUUCCCAAUACGUUCAUUCACAUUUUUCAAAAAAUUGCAAAUUCUACUGAAGAUCGGUCUUUUGUUGUUAAAGUUAUGUAUUUGGAAAUAUACAAUGAAGAAGUUCGUGAUCUUUUAGGUAAAGAUCCCAAUAAGCAAUUACAAAUAAGAGAAAGGCAAGACAUAGGUAUAUAUGUCAAAGAUUUAACUGGAUAUACAGUAGAAGAUGGGGAAACCAUGCAUCAGCUUAUGGAACGUGGAAAUAAAAAUAGAAUAACAAGAGCUACAAACAUGAAUGAUUACAGUUCCCGAUCACAUGCUGUGUUCACAAUCGUAGUGGAAACCAGGCAUAAAGAAAGAAACCAGACUACAACUGGCAAGCUAAAUUUAGUAGAUCUAGCUGGUUCAGAAAGGGUGGCGAAAACAGGCGUAAUUGGAAUUGGUCUAAGAGAAUCAGGAAAUAUUAACCAAUCUCUUUUAACCCUUGGAAAUGUGAUUCAAGCAUUAGUUGAAAACUCAAAUUUUAUUCCAUAUAGAAACUCAAAGUUAACUCGUCUUUUGACAGAUUCCAUUGGUGGCAACUCAAAAACAACGAUGAUAGCUAUGGUUGGCCCAGCUGAAUCUAACUUUGAAGAAACCAUUAGCACUCUUCGUUAUGCUCAUAAAGCUAAACAUGUACGAAACUCAGCUAAGGUGAAUAUGCAGCAAGGAGGAGGUAUGAUUCAGCAGUUCGAAAAUGAGAUCGCAGAGUUGCAACAGAAGUUAGCCUUGUUGACGACUGCUUCUGAAGCAAAGCAAAAGAAAAAAGUUAAAACCGAUGCUGAUUUGGAAAAAAUGAGAAAAGCUGAAACUGAAUUGAAGAAAAUUGAUGAUGAAAAACAACACUUGGAAGAACGAAUGUCGAUGAUUCAAAAGAAAAUCAUAUGUGGAGGUGAAAAUCUUCUAGAAAAAGCACAAGAACAAGAACUGCUUAUUACUCACUCUGUUAAAGAAAUAAUAAACUUGGAGAGAAAUCAUCAAGUGCUUGAAGAACAGUAUAAUAGAAUGACUGAGAAAAAGACUGAUAUAGAAGGAAAAUACUCCUCACUGCAAGAAGAAGAUACUGAUCUUACACGAAAAAUUGUCACGGUGCAGCAAAGGAUAAAAGAAGCAAAAGAUGAACAUGCUGAGAGGGAGAAUGAAUAUCAAAGAGAAAUGGAAGCUCUUAAUGACAAUAAUCGUCUAUUGGUCAGAGAAAUGCAACUAUCCAGUCUUAUGAUUGAUCAUUAUAUCCCUCCAGAAUAUAAGCAAAUGAUUCAAAAUCACUGCACAUUCAACAAUGAUACCCAGGAAUACCAGCUUCAAGGAGUCGCAUACACAGGGAACAAUAUGAGAAAACAACAAGCAGUCACAGAAGAAAAUCCACGGAUUACAUUCGACAUGAAACAAGUUUACCAUAAAUACCCAGAGAAAAAAAAGGUAACAAAUAAGCGAUCUUUAUUAAAAACUUAUUCUGCUGUACCAAAACCAACCCGAUAAUAUUCCAAAAAUCAAGUGAUAGAGAUUAUAUUUUACAAUUUAGCUUGGCAAAUUAGUGAUGUAUUUUUUUUAUACAAUCAUUUUUUUGCAAAUUCUAGUCUCAUUAUUUUUAAGUCUUUAGUUUAAAAAUUAUUCAAAUACAUUUGAAUAUUCAAGUGAUUAAAAACUAGUCUAGUUAUUAGGUUUUAAAAAAAAAUGUCCUGAUGUAACGAUUCUAGUCUUUUUAUUAAUGGGCAUGAGUUGAGAGCAGAGAAAGCCAUUCUUCUCUGUAUUAUGUAUUUUAGUUUUAUGAAUUUAUUCUUAGUAUACUCACUCAUAUUUUUGUUAUAUGAAAGCGCACCACCACUGGUAUACAUGUAGGUAGUUAAUUAAGAUAUCUUUUUAUAUACUAUUUAUUUUCAUGAACACAAAUAUUUUAUUGUCCUAUGGUUCCAUAUCUUUCUGUGGUAACGUGUUAUUAAUUUGUAUGCACUUUUUUUGCAGGAUUUAGACUCCGAUGAAGAACUGUUCUAGUCAAUCAUUAUACCAUUAUUUAUUUAUUUUUUUGAAUUUUUAUAGCGAGAUUAAUUUUUUUAAUGCUCUUAAAAAAAUUGUUAGUGUUAUUGAAAAUGAACUUGUAUUAUUUAUUGGCAGAUAACUUGAUAAAUAAAAUUUGCUUGAGCAUUAAAUA